GCUCUGAGAUUGACUCUCUAGACACCGUACAGCCGUAAGUAGAGGACUUUCCUCUGAACGCAGCGGCUGCAGGAGAUCCAGGAUGCCGCGCUCGUUCCUGGUGAAGAGGAAGCAGUCGGCGUGCGGCGGAUGGCAGUGGAAGGAGUCGGACGCCUGCCUCGCUCCAAACGCAGCCGUACAGACACACAGUGCUGGUCUGGAAUCAGUGUCUGAGCGCAUCCAUAAACACACACCUGCGUCGGCUGCUCUGGAGUGUCGCAGAGAGGAUUAUGGGAUGGAGAGAGUUCAGCCGUCUCAGAGUUCACUUCCUCUUCCUCUUCCUCCUGCGGCGUUAACAUCAGCCCCGCUGAACAAGGCGCGGGAAUCCAGCGGCUCGUCCGAGUUUCUGUGUUCGGUGUGUCACAAAGCGUUUCCGCUGCAGCGCAUGUUGACGCGUCACCUGAAGUGUCACAGUCUGAUAAAGAGACACCCGUGCAGGUACUGCGGGAAGGGCUUCAACGACACCUUCGACCUGAAGAGACACAUGAGAACACACACAGGUAUCCGCCCGUACCGGUGUGAUCUGUGUGAGAAGGCCUUCACUCAGCGCUGCUCUCUGGAGUCGCACCUGCGGAAGAUCCACGGCGUGCGGCAGCAGUACGCGUACCGUCAGCGGCGCUCCAAGAUCUUCGUGUGCGAGGACUGCGGCUUCACCUCCAGCCGGCCGGACGAGUACUUCCUCCACGUGAGGCAGCAGCACCCGGGCAGCCCUGCCCUGCGCCGCUACUACCGCAAACACCUGCUGGAGAACCCGUCGCAGCACGGCAUCGGCCCCUUCAUGCUGUACCCCGCCGCCGCGGGACUCUACAUGUGAACACUAACACUUGUGCACUGCUGCGUUAAAACUGAUACCCAGCCAACAGGGAACGUUCUGGCAAGGUUCUCUCAA